CUCUCAACACCUUGGACACACGCCGCCAAGCCCACUUCCUCAACGCGUUUCAGCCCGAACUCUGAGCUCAUGCCGGUAACCAUCCAGACACCCGCCACGUAGCGUGAUGAUCUGGGAUGCCGGUGAAUGGGCGCAAGCUACGCGGCAUAAUCCUGCUCGAUCUGGCAUUGCUAUCUGGUGCGCUAGGUCGUCCGGCCGUCCUCGCGCGGGCUGACAACGGCGGCGAAAUCUCCCCUCCUCCUCGUCAAACAACAGCCAAGGACAUUGUUGCGGCUCUUAUCACCAUUUUUAUCGCCGUCACCAUCGUAGCUGUGCUCAUCCGGUGGUUAAUCCGGACUGCGUCAGCCCAAGUUCAGGAUUUGUUCCACGGGCUUUCCGAUGAGGACUCUGACGAACCUGAAUUCUACCAAUAUCCUAUAGGAAAACCGCCCGAUCCGGGCCCACCUGUAGUUCCUCGCUCUGGCAUGUCAGCCUCAGUUUCAGCAACCUCACUCCCAUCACCAAAGGGGAACACACCUCGUCCCGUCGGACCCAGGGGCCCCAGCUCGGGCCAAG